AUGCCGGCCUUUACUCUGUAUGGCGCUCGCGGUUCGACCAACACCGAUCGUGUCCGCCUGACUCUCGCCGAGGGUGGCUUUACGGACUACGAACUCGUCAUUCUCAACCUUCAAAAAGGGGAGCAAAAGUCCAAAGAACACAGGAACCGUCACCCGUGGGGUAAAAUACCCGCCAUCACUUUCCCCGACGGCUUCACUCUUUACGAGAGUCGCCCAAUCUGCAAAUACCUCGCGAGAAAGUACUCAUUCCCACUUCUCCCGCCGGACUCCAACGUCGAAGCUAUGGCGCAGUUUGAGCAGGCGCAGUCGGAAGAAAUGCUCUAUUUCGCAGAUCCUGCAGGCCGGAUCGCAUUUGAGAAAUUUGCAAAGAAAUUCAUGGGGCUGCCUCCCAACGAGGCCGUUGUCUCAGAAGCGCUGCGGUCAGUCGAGGCGUUUUUUGACGUCGCAGAGCGUCUCUUGCAACGCAAGGAUUACAUGGCUGGAAAUGACUUCACGCUCGCGGAUAUUUACUACAUUCCGCUGAUCCAAAGACUUUUCGCAUGCGGGUACGGAGAUCUCGUCGUCAGUCGCAAGGCUGUGAGUGCUUGGUGGGAUCGUGUCAUGAAUCGGCCAGCGAUACAGAGCUUGUUGGCCGCCGACAAGGAGGCUGCGGCUGCUGCUGGUAGAUAG